GCGCUCGCCUUCGACAUGUCGUCCCUCUCCAGCAGCCAGGAGGUGAGUCUGGCCCAGCUCCGCGUCCUCUCCCCGGCCCGCGACGUCUCCCUGGACAUCUACCACAGCCGCCGCCGGCAGUGCUGGGCUGGGGGGGCCUGCGCCCCCCAGCUCUUCCUGGGCACUGUGGCCGGCAGCGCCGCUUCCACCCAGGCCUCCUGGAAAGUCUUCGAGGUCACCAACCUGCUCCGGUCCUGGCUCCACCAAGCCGUGGCCCCUGGGCACUAUGGUCCCACGGGAAGGGAGGCGACCGGAUCGGCCGCCCCGGCCACCACCGCCAUGCGCUUGCCCACCUUGAGCGACGCUGGCCACGGCGAGCCAGCCCUGCCCCAGGACGUGACGGACAGAGUCCUGCUGCUCGUCUUCUCCAAGGACAAGUCCCCAGGAGGCCACAGCCUCAUCAGGACAGCCGAGACCUCCAAGCACGUCAUGCAUGACAGCGGCUCCCAGGGCGCAGGGACCCGCCGGCACCGCAGGACCAGGAAGGAGAAGCAAAGGAUCAAAGCGAGCGACGCUGCCGCGGCCACGCCAGGGGAGGAGGGCAGGUCCUUGUGCAGGAGGGUGGACAUGAUGGUGGACUUCGAGCAGACGGGCUGGGGCAGCUGGAUCGUCUACCCCAAAAAGUACAACGCCUACCGCUGCGAAGGGCUGUGCCCAUCGCCCGUGGACGAGACCUUCAAGCCCACGAACCACGCUUACAUACAGAGUUUGCUGCAGCUCUACAAGCCUAACCAGGUGCCCUGCCCCGCCUGCUCCCCAGUCAGGAUGAGUCCCCUCUCCAUGCUCUACUACGAGAAAGGCGAAAUCGUCGUCCGUCACCACGAGGACAUGAUCAUCGAGGAGUGCGGCUGCAACUGAGGCCAGCUCGUCCCCGCCGGGAAGGGGCCUGCCUCUGCCCAGAAAGUGUCCCCGAGGACUGGCCGCCCAACCCAUGUCCAACAACGCGUAGAACUGGGGCGUCUCUGAAGCCCACGAAGCUCUGGCUGUGCCAGGAGAGGAGUGGGGUGCCCGGGCGUUAGUCUGCGGCGCUGCACGGCCACGGUGCGUGGAUGGAUCCCGGCUCCGCACGGGAGAGGCCAUCAGACGCCUCCGGCAGCGCCGGGGCAGCGGGUGCCCAACGGCUGCGUUUAUCCGGGAGCCGCGGUGCUGGCAUGUGC